AGAUAGUUUUUAAAUAGAUCUAUGUGUAUAGAUCUAGAUAUCUAGGUUUAGACCACUAUGAUAGGUCUACUGUCAUCUUAUUUUAGAGAUCUAGACUAGACUAGAUCUACUGCUUAAUUUUUAAAUUCAAAACCAAAUAGAAUGUUUCAGAUGCCUAUUCUUUAAAAUCUUUAUUAGGACUUUAGUGACUUAACUGUGAAGUUAACUUAAUAAUUCAAGUUUUAAGCCUUUUACUACAGUACUUGUUCUAUAUAGACUAUAUUGUAAUAGUCUAUUCUCUUACUCAGUCGACUUGUCUUAGUCUUACACUUGUAACUUGUAGAUCUAGCUUGAAGUAAGCUUCUUUAUAAAAUACAUUUUCAGGAAAUAUUGAUUAUUUAUUGUUGGAGUUUCUUUUUGAACUUUAGCUUCACUGGUCUACUCUAGGUUUAACCAUAAGUAAAUUUGAUUUUAAAUCUGCAUCGUUCAUCAUUGAUCAUGGCAUCUGGGAAGAACCAUCCAACAUUCUCUAGAGGAGAACACACACAUCAAGUUCCCAUGGAACUUUUCCAGGAAAAUCGAAAAAGACUUUGUGAGAGGCUCAAAGCUACUGGUCAAGUUCCAAAUGGUACAUUUGUUGUACUUCAAGGAGGUGUCUCAGAGACACGUAACGACACAGAUCAUGAACCAAUCUUUCGACAAGAAUCAUUUUUUCAUUGGGCAUUUGGUGUGGAAGAACCUGAUUUUUUUGGUGCCAUUGAAGUCGACACUGGUCGUGCUAUUUUAUUUCCAGUCCGACUUGGAGAGGCAUAUGCUGUUUGGAUGGGAAGACUUUUAACAGAAGAUGACUUUAAACACCUGUACUCUGUGGAUGAAGUUCAUUUCUCUGAUCAGAUUUCAGAGGUUUUAAAAAGUAAAAAUGCAUCACUUCUGUUGACCUUACAUGGCCUCAAUACAGACAGUGGGAAGUACAGUAAAGAAGCUGUGUUUGAAGGCAUUGCUGAGUUUGAAGUCAACAAUGAAAUUCUACAUCCAGAGAUCACGGAGUGCCGUGUAUUUAAGACUGACCUUGAACUUCAAGCUAUCAGAUAUGCCAACAAAAUCAGCAGCGAGGCUCAUAUUGAGGUGAUGAAACAUGUUCGUCCAGGAAUGUAUGAAUAUCAAGCUGAGAGCAUUUUCCGCCACUAUUGUCACUAUACUGGAGGACUUAGGAUGUUGGCCUAUACUUGUAUCUGUGGCAGUGGACACAAUGGAUCCAUCCUACACUACGGACACUCUGGUGCACCUAACAGUAAGAGGCUGGAAGAUGGAGACAUAUGCCUGCUAGACAUGGGUGCUGAGUACUACUGCUAUGGUUCAGACAUCACAUGCUCUUACCCAGCCAAUGGAAAGUUCACACAGGAUCAGAAGGCCAUUUACGAAGCUGUGCUGGCAGCCAACAGAGCAGUCCUGGCUGCAGUCAGGCCAGGGGUCUCGUGGGUGGAUAUGCACAAACUGGCUGAGCGUGUCCUACUGGAGCACCUAGUCCAACUGGGCUUACUGAAAGGCAAUGUAGAAGACAUGAUGAGGGUGAGGCUUGGUGCUGUGUUCAUGCCUCAUGGUCUCGGGCAUUUCCUAGGCAUCGACACACAUGAUUGUGGUGGAUAUCCACAGGGAACACAACGAAUCGAUGAGCCAGGUUUGAGGUCAUUACGGACCGUGCGCACACUGGAGCCUCGAAUGGUGAUAACCAUAGAACCAGGAUGUUAUUUUAUUGACACACUGUUAGAUAGAGCCUUGCAAGAUGAGCGCCAGAGACAAUUCAUUGAUGAAACUGUGAUUAGAAGAUUUAGACACUUUGGUGGGGUUAGAAUAGAAGAUGAUAUUGCAGUCACAGAAACUGGUUGUGAGCUGUUGUCUGUUGUCCCCAGAACAGUUGAGGAAAUAGAGCGUGUUAUGGCUGAGGGAAGAAGUAGUCACCAGCCUCUGCCACAAGAGAAAAAAUAAUCUUUUAAUGUUGAUUUUUCAAUAAUUUGUUUUCAUCAGUCUAAGAAGCUUUAACUUUUUCAGCACUUUUCUCUAGGUUUUUUAUAUUAUUAUUAUUUUCAAUCUAAUCGAGAAUAACAAUCGCAAAUAUAAUUUGUAAAUUCAAAAGAAUUUUUUUUUUUAAAUGGCUGAU